GUAUUGUAUGUAGUUCUGGAUGACAUGAGCUGGAUGUGGGAGUGACCUCUUACAUGUAUUGUAUCAUAAGUUGUCAGUCCCUGCAGAAGUGACCAGCACGCAGCAGUCAGGAUGAAGUUCUGCAUGAGUUGGAGGGAGAAUCUGCAAAUUUCCUUCCUUCUGCUCAGCUGCUCAGUCACUGUGCUAUGUCAAAAAACAGUAAAAGGAAUCGAAGGACAACCUGUUACUUUGCCAUGUUCGUACAAAGUUAGCCGAAGCAGCGACCUCACCAGUAUGUGCUGGGGACAAGGCAGUUGCCCAAAUUCAAAGUGCAAUCAACAACUCAUCUGGACUGAUGGUUUCAAGGUCACUUUUCGAUCAUCUUCACGCUACCAGCUCAAGCAUAAAAUCAGACAAGGGAUAGUGUCUCUCACCAUCGAUCAAGCAAGCCUUGGAGAUACUGGCACCUACUGCUGCCGUAUCGAACAUAAGGGGUGGUUUAACGAUGAGAAGAACAACAUACAGCUUACAGUUGAAAAAGCACCGACAACAACAGUUCAAACUACUACUGAAGCACCCACAACCAUGAAGACAUCUCAAGCACUUCCAACACCAACAUCUGUUCAGACUACUUCAGGACCGUCCUAUGUCUCAACCAAUCCAUUAACUAUAUCUGUGGAGGCAACUACUCAACCACCUCCACUCAUUACUAAUAAUACAUCACAACCACUAUCACCACUUACCAAGACAGACAUUCCAUCAUCUUCAACUGCACGGACUAUUACUUCAUCACCGAAUGUCUUCCCCUCUGUUAUGACAGAGCACACAGGACUGACACGGAGAAGCUCAGAAUUCCCAACAGUGAUAACUGGAAAUGAAACACCAGAAGCAAAACCUACUGGUGACAAGACCUCAGCUAUCCCAGGGUUUGUUCCUGAUCAUAAACUGACCACUUCUGUUGAAUCAAAGGGUAAAGUCAAGGAAAACACUGAAGCUCCUCUAUGGACCGAAAGUCUUUCCCCAAAUAAUAAUGGCAUCUCAGAUUUGUUUCAUGAAGAUGUCACAACACUACUGAAAAAGAAUAAAAGUACAAUCAUCAUUGCUAUUAGCGUAUUUUUAAUUGCACUAAUAGUGAUCUGUGUGAUGCUUCUGAAAUUAAAAGGUCAAAAAAGAGGACGUUUCCUUUUAGGCUUUGAUCCACAUCUUGAACUAGUCACCCAUGUUGAGGAACCACCCAGCGAGAUACAGGCUGAAGAAGCAGACCCCAACAGGGCUGAAGAGGACAAAGCUGAAACUAACCAUAUAGGAAAUACAAGCGAAGCUAAAGACUGAUUCAUAAAGACAAAGGGGAUUUCUGUCUAGUUACUUGGAUCGUCUAUAUUUCAUCUAGGGAAAUCGACCACACCUUGUUUUUUAUGCACCACUAUUCACAUUUCGAAGUUGGAUCAUCUGGAACCAUAAAGCUUGAGGGGGAACCCUAUAUAAAAACUUGCUUAAAUGGCAAUUUUUUUUUUCCCUCUACAUGUUCUUGUCCCCAGGUGGCAGUAUAUCAGGACAACAGCUGAAUAAUUGAGAAGUAAUCAUAUCAAAUAAAUUGUUGCCCAGCAGGAGGCGACAAUGGGCACAUGAGGUUAAAGAAAAUAUGAAAUGUAUGUUGUAUCAAGA